GGCGGGGUGAAGAUCAUGAGUCAAAAAAGUGUAUCGAUUUCAUCCCACUAUCCAAGCCCCUCCUCCCUCACGCGCCCACACAAAUUUUCCAGCACGACGCGAUGGCCACCAUGGACGCCGCGGCAAAGGCCCGCCUCGAUCUCAUCACCGAGAACCUCGCAGAGACCCUCAACCCCGAGAUCAUCGAAAACAUUCUCGCCGAAGGCCGAAACCCGCGUAUUUACUGGGGAACCGCGACAACAGGACGCCCUCACACCGGUUACUUCGUUGCGGCGAUCAAGAUCGCCCAGUUGCUCGCUGCAGGAUGUGAAGUCGUCGUGCUUCUAGCCGAUAUCCAUGCCUUCCUGGACAACUUGAAGGCGCCUCUCGAGCUUGUCGAGAACCGCGCGAAAUACUAUUCCAAGGUCAUCACGGCCAUUCUCGAGUCUGUUGGCGUGCCGACUGAAAAGCUUGAGUUUGUCCUUGGUAGCUCCUACCAAAAGUCUCCUGAAUACACAAUGGAUGUCUACAAGCUGUCAUCCUUGGUAAGCGAACAUGAUGCCAAGAAGGCAGGUGCGGAGAUUGUGAAACAGUCAGCGAAUGCACCAUUGAGUGGUCUUCUCUACUCUAUUCUGCAGGUUCUUGAUGAGCAGCACUUGAAUGUUGAUGCUCAGCUAGGAGGCAUGGACCAAAGAAAGCUUUUCGCAGCGGCUGUGGAAUGGCUGCCCAAGAUUGGAUAUAGAAAGCGUGCGCAUUUGGUCACACCAAUGGUUGCGGGUCUUAGCGGAGGCAAGAUGAGCUCCAGUGUCCACGACAGCAAGAUCGACCUCCUCGACCCUCCAGAUGUCAUCUCGAAGAAGAUCCGCAAGGCCGAGGCAGCCCCUAAAAUCAUCGAAGACAACGGUGUUAUCGCCAUGGUUGAGUUUGUCCUCCUCCCCGCAGCCGGUCUGAAGGGCAAGAAGGAAUUCGUGGUGGAACGCCGAGACGCAGAGCCCUUGGUCUACACAGAUAUUGCCAAGUUGAAGGAGGACUACGAAAACGACGUUUUGACUCCACAAUCACUAAAGCCCGCUGUCACAGCCGCCUUGACGAGCUUGAUGGCACCCAUCACGGAGGCCUACAACGCUUCGCCUGAGUGGCAGCAGAUUACCGAACAGGCCUACCCACCACCUGUCGUGGAGAAGAAGCAGAAGAAGGUCAAGAGCAAGGGUACUCGCCACCCCGGGGCCAACAAGGAACAAACCCUUCCAGAACGCCCGAAGCCUACUGAACCCGAAACUCAAAACUGAACAAUUGUAUGCACAUAUAAGCGGUGUCGAUUCAUAAAAUAACUGGAGUGUUAGAUUAGACACAGUAUAUUUUCCAAUGCAUGACGUGUUUAUGACUAGUCAUCUUAAAAGUUCCAUUACGUUAUGUAGGGUCGAAGCCCUAUAUUGUUUCUCCAGAAGCUGCGCAAGCUGUGUAGGUUUAUACGGAGAAGUCAUCUUAUCUUGUUCCCUUACACAUCUUUC